AUGUUAUUGCCUUUAUCAAUAAGCAUUUCAAAGAACUGGAAAAUAAUAUUUUCAUUCUAAAUGCUUAGUGGAACAUGUUUUUUUUAAUGGAAUAGGAUUUAGAAAUAUGAUAUCAAAAAAUAAUUAUUAAUGUCGAGGACUUAAUUAUGGGUAUUAUCUUAAAUUAAUGGUAAUAUAUAUUCUCAUCAUAAUAAAGAAGUAGAUACUAAAAAUUAUCAUUCACAUUUGCAACUAAUUAUAUAUCAUAAUCGAAGUAAGUAUAGAACAUAAGCAUAUUAAAUGGACAAGAUAGAAUGA